CGUGGUUUGUUUAGAGGCAUGUCAGCCCGAAACGCCAUGCCUAUAAAACUAUAGUCAUCCUUUUUCCAUUUUGCCUCUUCUUCCCUUUUUUCUUUUCUUGCUCUACUUGUUAGUUUUGAAUCCCUCUUUUACUUUUUUUGUGAUUUUCGCAUUCUAUUGUACCUACAUUAAGCUACAAUCGUUUGCUGUAUAUAUUAUCUGAGUUACUACAUAUUCUUGUUUCACCUGCAACUUGUAAAAAAAAAACCAAAAAGAAACACUUCUUUUUUUUUUUUCAUUAAACUACAUAUCAUGGCAUCCACAGCUGUCAGAGUCGCUCUAAGGGUUCGGCCACUGACAGAUAAAGAACAGUUCUCCAACUGCACUGAAUGCAUUUCAUUUAUUCCCCAACAACCACAAAUCCUCGUCGGAAAGGAUCAUUCAUUUACGUAUGAUUAUGUUUUCCACCCUCAAACCGCACAAAAAGUGAUUUAUGACACCAGCGUUGUCCCAUUGGUGGAGAAAUUUGUUAACGGAUUCAAUGCAACCAUCCUAGCUUACGGACAAACAGGUUCCGGAAAAACAUACAGUAUGGGCACGGCCCUGAAUGAGCACACAGAAUCGGAGCAGCAAGGCAUUAUCCCACGGUUUAUCAACGAUUUAUUUGAACGCCUAAAAAGCAAACAACAGCAACAAUCUGAUUUCGAGUACCAAGUCCUGGUCUCCUUUCUCGAACUUUAUAACGAAGACCUCGUAGAUCUAUUAAAUAUUCAGCAACAGUUUAGCCAUUCACGACGGCGGACGAAUUCAGGAAGUUCCACAUGUGAUAUCAGCAUCCGAGAAGAUAUCCAAGGCAACAUUUACUGGAGCGGGGUCCGUGAAGAAUCCUGCCACAGUCCUGAAGAACUCCUUGGCUAUCUAGCCAAAGGAUCACUGUGUCGUACGACCGGUUCCACAGACAUGAACUCAGUCUCCUCCCGAUCACACGCCAUUUUCUCCGUAAUUCUUAAGCAGACCUUAUCUGACGAGACCAGUGAAGAACCCUCUUCUGCCGGCUCGGACCGUCGUACUAUUGUCAGCAAAUUUCAUUUCGUUGAUCUAGCAGGCUCAGAAAGGUUAAAACGGACCAAUGCGCAAGGAGACCGUGCACGUGAGGGCAUUGCUAUCAAUGCAGGAUUACUUGCUUUGGGCAAUGUCAUUAGUGCUCUUGGCGAUGAAUCUCGACGAUCCACUCAUGUGCCGUACCGUGAUUCCAAACUGACACGAUUGCUGCAAGACUCUCUAGGUGGCAAUUCUCAAACUCUCAUGAUGGCUUGUGUGUCUCCUUCAGAUUCAAAUUUUGUGGAAACCUUGAGCACGCUGAAAUACGCUAACCGUGCGAGGAAUAUCAAAAACCGUGUGUCCAUCAAUCAAGAAUUUGCCGGUUCCUCGGUAGAGGUAAAUCAGCUUCGUGCUCAAAUUGCCCGCUUAAAAAUGGAAAUCAAUGCUAUGCGCAAUGGUGGAGCCGACCCAAUGCAAAUGGUGGGCUACGGUAACAGCGCUGAAAUGGAAGGUUUAAGGCAAGAAAUCAACAAGCUGCGAGCGCGCGUCCAGACCGUGUCCGACGAGCUUUGCCAAGUGACAAGCGAACGCGAUACCCUCGUAAUGGAACGCGAACUGGGCAACGUACCAGCUCAGGACUGGCCCAAGCUUCUGGAUGAACUUAUGCAGUCGUCUCAACCCUCAGCUGCUACGAAUGAUACUAACACCCCAGUACAAGAAGAACCCAAGGAAUCCUUACGCUCUCUUCCAUUAAUCUCGCAAUACUUGCGUACCAUUCAUGAUCUGCGCAACGAGUUGGCAGAUACUCAGGAACGACUCGCCUUUUUCCAAUCCACCAAAAGUUCGAUGAUGAAAGCCAUGGAAAUUGCCGCGCGGAAUUCUUCACAGACAUUUAGCAAGACAACCGCUUCUACUGGUCCCUUUUUAUCCCAUCGAAAAGAAAAUAUUCAGCCCAAGCAACAAGCGUCAACCCAACGACGACGAAUUAAUCGCAAACGACACAAGAAUGGCAGUCUUACAACACGCAGUUCCGUCUCCUUCCGAACCAGUCGACGAUCAAAAGUCCCUGGAGGAGCAGGACGUCGACAUGCCAAAACGCAUGAUCACGAUACAGAACCGGGCGAUAGACCGCAGAAACCAGCGGCAAUUGUUACCCAUGAUGAUGAAGACGACGAUAUUGAGCAAUGGUUGAAAGAGACAGUAGGCUCCUUGACCAUGUCCCGAUCAUCCGACAUCCGCGUAGAAGUGCGUGAGUCGAUCAACAAGGCACGCAGCGAAAUCGAAAAGGGCCUCAAAGUGCUUGACGACCUCAAGACUCUUGAAAAUGAGCAUGCGGCUGGACCUGCACCUGCAAACGAACCGGAGCAUCCAACAUAUGCUUGCGAUAUUCUUGCGGAUGACGAGUUAUUCAUCAAGCUGCAAUCUGAAGAAAAUAACAGACUGUUUAGUGAACUGGAGCACGAAAUACUUGACGGCUUUGACCAUUUGACGGUACCUGAUUGGCAAAGUAAUUCCUCCAGACCUGCAUCUGAUAACACGUCAGAUACAUUAGUGAAUGAUGGUAGCGCAGGUCAUUCGCGUGUUUCUUCCAAUGACACGCGGGUGAGCUUUGAAGAAGCAGAUCUGACUUCGUUCUGUGAGGACAAUCCUCAGCUGUACCGCAUGAUGAAUCAAAUCCAGUCCGAUAUCCAAGUCAAGGAAGAAUUGGUCGCUCAGCUCGAAAAGAGCGAAAUCGAAUACGGCCAAAUGCGGCGAAAAUUUGAGCAAAAAAUCUAUUCGCUGCGUGAAGAAAUCCUGGCUCUCAAGCGCGAACGAGACGAUGCCAUGCGACAAUCCAGCUACACGGCUCAAAGCAGCUCAUUAGCUCAGCGUGAGAAGCAACAGCUGUUGGAGAUGCGUCACGCUUACGAAAUCAAAAUGAAGAGUCUGUUAAGCCAGCUAUCCGACCUUCGACGAAAGUAUUCGCAAACCUCCAAUGCGAUUCAGUCGUCCCGCAAUCAAAAUGAAAGCAUGCUGCGUGCUCUUCGCGUCAACGUGGAAAGCCUCAAAGUGGAAAAGCGCCGCAUGGUGAAACGUAUGAAGGACGAAGCGGAACGGGUCAAGGAACAAAUGAUUGCCCACGAAAGAGAAAUCCAGCAACUACGUCGCAAACAGUCGCGUGAAAUGGAAGCGAAGCGUCGUUUGGAACGCGAAUAUCGCCAAACCCAAUUGGUUCUUCAGAAACGCACCGACGAAUCUAUUCUCACCAAUGAAAAGUUGAAGCAGCUAAUUACCAUACUCAAGAAAGCCGUGCGUGAAGGUGGCGUGCUCGAUGAAAAACUGCUCAGCAAAUGUGCCAAUUUGCUGGAUGUCGGUAGUGCCUUGAUCGCUUCGUCCAAUGCUCGUAUUUCGCAAAAACGACGCAAUAAGAAGAAAUCCACCGCUUCCGUCGAAGUCCGCGCGGCCAAGAAGAAGAUGUUGCUCGAUCAAGCGUUAUUCCAAUUUAUCCAAGGCAAACAAGCGAUCCUUGAAAUGAAGCAAUUGAUGUACAAACGAGACGAGCUCGCGAAACAGAAAACCGACAUUCUCACUGAGCGCAGCCAUCUAUUGAACGGAGAGGAAAACGCCAUUGAACCUCUGGAUCAAGCCGUCCAGCAGUUCAUGGAUGAACGGCUCGAAACCAUUGACGCUGAAAUUUCAUAUCUCAAUGCUCGUAUUCAUGCGCUACAGAACGAUGCAGCUUCCGAGAUGAUGGAAGAUGACCACGAUGAUGACGUGGUCAUGAUGGAAAUGCAGAAUGCUGCUGCCCGUGCGGAAAAACGAGUGACGUUUGCAGACCAAGUCAUGGGCAUUACCAAAGCACCAAAUACUUCCUAUGAUGAUGAAUGGAUGGAUAUGGACGCGCUGGAAGAGAAGUAUACGCUACCGGCCGACGCCAAUCCGGACGUCUCUCACGAUAUGGCGGUGCGAUUACUGAAAUCAUUCACGUUGGAAGAAUCGGAGCAUGUUAUGGAAGCUUUGGUCGACGAUAUUGUGGCACUUCGUAUGGGAGAAUAUAGCCGUCAAACCACGGUUCAGCAACUGGAAAAGACCGUGCAAGACCUUCGACGCACACUGAUUGUCAUGAAAAAAACCGCCAUUGAAACCACGGUUGAAAGCGAAAAGAAGAUCCGCCGGUUGGAAGACACACGUCGAAUGGACACACGUCGACUGUCGAGUUCGGGACUCUCCGUCUCAUCGCGUGCCAUGGACGAUACCGACUGUGACGAUGAUUCGGCCAUUGACCUUCUCGUAGACGAGCAUUAUCACCAAGUGGGCACCAUUUUUGACAAGAUCUAUAAUGACGGAAUUCGAGGCAAUAUCAUGUCUCCGACCUGGAACGAAUAUCACAGUCGUGAGUCGGUGCCAAGUUCACCAAAUUUAGCUCCUCAAGCGACCUCUCCUUCUAAGACAUCCUCCCCGCCUCAGUCCGUUGUAGGUCGCUUGUCAGCUGCGACACCCGUAACAGGUGUGCCUGUCAAGCCAUCCAUUUCGCCCUUGGUUCGUCGUCGUGACUCCAUGUCAUCUCCUGAGCAAUUCUUGCAGCAGAUGAUGCAAACCAACAAUAUGAUUCGUGCCCCGUCUUCGCCACUCAUGAAGCCAGUAGAUUUCAUCCGGUAUCAAGCCGACCGCGAAUCAUCCACUUCAUCCAUUAAAAGUCGUCAUUUACGACGAUCCUCGGUUCAAUCCGACAAUUUGUCCUGGUCUUCGCAUGGCUCCCACGCCAUGAGCCGUGUCUCUUCCAACGGAUCCGUGAAAUCUGCCACCGUUGAAAUGCCGCCAGUGGCCAAAGCCGCCAACCGCCGACGAGCGCACUCGUUCCAACAAAUCCCGACCACCCGACGCCGGUCCUUGUUGAAAGAAUUGACAUUGGGAGCCAGUAUUCGCGAUGGGGAGGCGCAAGCCAUGCCACACCAGCCGUCGCCUCUUCAACAGCAGUUUGUGAUCCCCGAUGAAUCGCUUUCCGGCAGAGCUUCGCUGAUUGAUGCGUUCCACGGUCUCACUGGUCGCACUCAAUCACCGUACACGAUCAGGGUCGCCAAACCUUUACCGUAUCAUCAACAACCGCUUUCUAUGAACGGAUCUCCCAAUGCUUCUUACGAACUUCGACGAUCUCAAACACCUUCUAGCGGCAGCGUUUUUGACCGAUUAGCUUCUGCUCAAACCCAAGCUUCCCAAGCAAAACGUAGCGCGUCUUCCAUGAAUCAUCGCUAUUCCUCCAGUAGCUAUGAUGACAUUCGCCGACAAUGGGAGCUCAAUGCGUCCGAGGCCAAUUAAUAGCACUCCAAAAAAGUUUUGUCAUGCCCAUUUUUUGUUUCCUUUCCCCUCAACCAUCCUAGUCCACCUAUUGCUAUUGUAUACAGUGAAAAAAGUACUUUCUUUUGUUAUAAUUAUUUGCUGCCCACUUUCAUCGGCAACUUAUCUGUUAUCUCGAUUAUACAUUAGACUUCAUCUUCAAAGAAAAGAGUGCACAAUUUCUCAUUUGGUUCAAUAAGAAAAAAAAAAAGCAAUACGUUAUUCUGAAUUUCCGU